AUGAGUCGAGCUUUGUCAAUGCAAUGCAUUGGUCAAAACCCUUCUCAGAGCGAUCAUUAUCAAAAUGCCGUCGCUUACUAUUGCAAAGCUCUCCGUCAUCUUAGUCAGGCCGAUUCCGCGACCGCAACUAUCAAAGAGGCGAUGCUGCUGGCUAUUCUGUUCACAAGCUUUGAAGGGCUUCGUGGGAACGUCAAGUCUGCUCUGAAACACACUUAUCAUGGCCUCCUAAUCAUGAGGGAGCUUUGCGCCAGUCCUGAAGCUAUGUCAUAUAUUGAUCAGCUGGCGCCAGACCCUGGCCAGUUCAUCAGUGAGAUUCUGGCUCUCUACUGUCGACUGGCUAUCCAGACCCAGGUUGUGAGUCAAGGGAGCGCGGAGUUGAAAGAAUCUGGAUCGGUGAGCGCAGAAAAAAGUAAGGACUCUGAGGAGUUUGACAGAGAGAUGGUUAACAAUCGCCUGUCCCGGUAUCUCCUUCCUCGGCCUGGCUUGUCCGCUUCGCCAAAACUAUUCAUGCAUGUGGAUGAGGCACUGGAACAUUGGGAGGCCACUACUCGUCGCAUUGAGAGACUGGGACCGCGUGUCAUUCCCCUUUUAGACAAAUUUCUUGCAGGAGAUGCUAGAAAUCACAGAAAGGUAGAAGAAGCAAUCGAGGGGAUCCAGAAGGAUCGAGAAGUAACUUACUUCUCUGACGAAAGCCAACGCCAUUUACGAAUUUGGCAUGAUGCCUUUUGCCCUCUAUAUCAGCGAACUCUGACCACAUCUGAGCCAUGUUCCGGGCCAACCAUAACUCUUAUCUGUCUCCGGAUCGAGUACCUUGCCCUGUCAAUGUACAGCAUGUUUCAGAUGCAAGGCAACUAUGACGCUGUGUCGGCACUGACACCCAAAUGUCGUGAGAUCAACGAACUGUGCGAGAUUGUUUUCCGGCGUCAGGCCCAAGACUCCAGAGAACCUUCAAUGAGGUUCUCUAUAAGCCCAGGACUGACAUGGCAUUUGGUUUUUGUGGCAAUGAACUGCCGAGAUUUCGUUGUCCGCGAGAGCGCAAUGCGGAUUCUGGAGACUUAUCACCGUCAGGAUGGACUCUGGGGCAGCGCAUCCUUCCUUGAAAUCGCGAAACGGAACCGCAAGGUGGAGGCUGAGAACUGCGGUGAGGGUGAUAUGAAGCAGCAAUGGCUUCGUCUCUCUCGGCGGGUAUUUCUGCUCGAGGAGGCCGGAGAUCGGCUCAUAUUCCGAUACAUGAGCAAAGAGAACGGGUGUUGGGAUUACAUCGAGGAGUAUGCAGAUUUUAGCUAUACAAGGACCAGCUCGCUUGGGACAGAAUGGAAAAGGAGGCCACUCAGUAGUCAAAGAUUCACCCUGCAGUGGGGGCGAACGGCUACUACUUCGAUGGGCUCGUUGUGGCCAGGUAUGGGUUGCUCUGCGCCCAGGCUGGCCGAUUCCUGA